AUGGUGGCAGACUCGAAGCGGGAGACCUUCCUGCCACAUAAGCUAUGGGAAAACAAAAGGAACGGCGAUGAAAACGAAAGGGUGGGAUCCAGAGGAAUCCUUAGUGAAAGGGGAACUGAUAAGAAUCAUUCAACUCGUUUCGGAAUUCCUAUCAAGCCAAGCAGGACUAGCGAAGCUUUGGAUCGUUCAAAGAAGCAGUCGACAACUCAGUACCACAGAUUUUAUAACAUUGAUCAAGCUGGACCAGGUGUGGUAGCCCUGAAGGAUACUGAGAAUUUCCCUGUCUGCCUUAUCAAGGAGCCAAAUAUCGGCGAUUGCUUGCUGGAGAAAAGAUCCUUCUAUGACCGACAUAAAGAUAUUAAAGCGGUUGGAUCCAUUGUGGUCUCGCUCAGCGAUCGCACCACUCUACUAUGUGAAUCGAGCCGAGAUGCAGAUAUACCGCCCUUGUCAGAACAAGCGAAUUCUUUUAUCGAGAGAACGAAGGCAGCAACAUCAGUGGAGCAACUUUUGAAGGUACUAUCACUUACUAUGGACAUAGAAGAGGAUGCUCAUAGAUGA